GAGCCGCCUUCCGCUUCCGCUUCCGCUCCGCCCGGGAAGAGGCGGGCAGGGCCGCGGCCAUGCAGGUCUCCAGCCUCAACGAGGUGAAGAUCUACAGCCUCAGCGCCGGCAGGAGCCUCCCGGAGUGGCUCUCAGACAGGAAGAAAAGAGCUUUACAGAAGAAAGAUGUGGAUAUCCGUAGAAGAAUUGAACUUAUUCAAGACUUUGAAAUGCCCACGGUUAGCACAAAGAUUAAGGUAUCAAGAGAUGGACAGUAUGUUAUGGCAGUUGGAACUUACAAGCCAAGGGUCCGCUGUUUUGAUACCUAUCAGUUAUCCCAGAAAUUUGAAAGAUGCUUAGAUUCUGAAGUGGUUACGUUUGAGAUUUUAUCAGAUGAUUACUCAAAGAUUGUCUUCUUGCAGUGCGACAGGUUUGUGGAGUUUCAUUCGCAACAUGGCCAUUACUACAGAACAAGAAUACCAAAAUUUGGUAGAGAUUUCUCUUAUCACUAUCCAUCGUGUGACCUGUAUUUUGUAGGCGCAAGUUCUGAAGUAUACAGGCUAAAUUUGGAACAAGGAAGGUUUCUGAACUCCCUGCAAACUGAUGCUUCAGAGAGUAAUGUCUGUGACAUAAAUCCUGUACACUUCUUGUUUGCUAUGGGGACGGCUGAGGGUAAAGUGGAAUGCUGGGAUCCUAGAACUAGAAAUCGAGUUGGGCUGUUGGACUGUGCUUUAAGCAGUGUGACAGCAGACACAGAGAUAGAUGGUCUACCAUCCAUUUCAGCACUGAAAUUUGAUGGAGCUUUGAAUAUGGCUGUUGGAACAUCUACUGGGCAGGUUUUGUUAUAUGAUCUCCGGUCUAGUAAUCCAUUAAUAGUCAAAGAUCACCACUAUGGCCUGCCAAUUAAGUCAAUUCAGUUUCAGUGUCAGUUGGAUUUAAUUAUCUCUGCAGAUUCUCGAAUCAUAAAAAUGUGGAACAAAGAUACAGGGAAGAUAUUUACUUCAAUGGAGCCAGAAUAUGAUAUCAAUGAUGUCUGCCUGUAUCCAAAUUCAGGAAUGCUAAUGACUGCCAAUGAAGCCCCUAAAAUGAAUAUCUAUUAUAUACCAGUUUUAGGACCUGCCCCAAAAUGGUGUUCCUUCUUGGACAGCUUGACUGAAGAACUGGAAGAGAAUCCAGAGAGCACAGUUUAUGAUGAUUACAAAUUCGUUACCAGAAAAGACCUUGAAAAUUUAGGCCUUUCUCAUCUCAUUGGAUCAUCAUUGCUCAGAGCAUAUAUGCAUGGCUUUUUCAUGGACAUAAGACUUUAUCAUAAGGCAAAAAUGAUGGCCAACCCCUUUGCCUAUGAAGAAUACAGAAGAGAGAAAAUAAGGCAGAAGAUAGAAGAAACACGUGCACAGAGAGUUCAACUAAAGAAACUUCCAAAAGUCAAUAAGGAGCUUGCACUCAAACUGAUUGAAGAAGAAGGAGAAGAGCAACAGGUUACUAAAAAAAGGAAACAGAAGAAUCUGCCUAGCCUUCUCAAAGAUGAUCGUUUUAAGGUCAUGUUUGAGAAUCCAGAUUACCAGGUGGAUGAGCAGAGUGAAGAAUUUAGGCUACUUAACCCACUUGUUUCUAAAAUAAGCGAGAAAAGAAAGAGGAAACUAAAGAUCUUAGAGGAACUGGAAGCACAAGAACAGGAAGAGGAGGAAGAACCAGAAGGAAAAGCAAGUGAUGCAGAAAGUUCUGAGAGUUCAGAUGAUGAAAAAGGCUGGGUUGAAGAGGUCAGGAAACAGCGCAAGCUUCUACGCCAAGAGGAAAAAGUAAAGCGGCAGGAAAGGUUCAAGGAGGAUCAGCAAACAUUACUGAAACCUCAUUUUUUUGAGAUUAAAGAAGGAGAGGAAUUCAGAAGCUUCAAAGACUCUGCCAAAAAACAAAAAUUAAUGAAGAAAACUCUUGAAGAUCGUCUAAAGCUUGAAGAAAAACUUGGCACGCUCAAUGUGUCUGAUACCACAGUAGGCAGCAAACAGGCAACAUUCAAAUUAAAGAAGUCAGAGCAACAAAAGAAACAGCAGGAAGCUGAGAAACAACAUCGUCAAGAGAGGAAAACUCUUAGGCGUUCUGCUAGUCAUCUCAAGAGCAAGCGUGGAAGAGGACGUCUGUUUCAUUGAUUUAUUUUAUGUUAUUUUUUUAAGACACUUCUUUUAUCUCAUUUUUCAUUUGAAAAAGGGACUUUUUCAAAUUGGGACACAGUACCAAUGUAUUUAUAUUUUCAUUCAUUGAUGAACACAAAACCCAGAACUUGCUAAACCCUGUGUUAAUUAUUGAAAAGUUUAUGAAAGUAAAAGUAUUGACCAAAGGACACUACGAGUAUGGUGUGUUAUAAACUACAGUGUGAACUGUAUUUGUGCGGAAAUAGCCAGCAACUGGUUAUUGUGUAACCCUGGAUGUUUUCUAUAUAAGAAUUUAUGUAUA